CGGAAAUGAACUACACCGGAAGUGCCGUAGCUCCAGAAUAAUCUCUGGCUCGCGGUGGGAGCCGCUAAAUUAACUGACGAGCGCCGUUCUCCGGUUGUAGUCAGCGGAGCUGAAGCCGAACACACUCAGACCAAUGGGAGACAGCGAUGACGAGUUCGACAGGAGGAGGCGGGACAAGUUCAGGAGAGAGAGGAGUGACAUGGAGCGGUCGAGAGAGAGAGAGGAAAGGAGGAGAGACGACUGGCCUGACCGGGACUGGGACCGCGGCAGAGAGAGGAGGCGGGACUACGAUCGCAGCCGCAGAGAACGGUUUUCUCCCCCCCGACACAUCAGCCCUCAACACAAACGCAUGAGGAGAGACUGGGACGACCACCGCGGGGAGCCGUACCGCUACGACAUGCCCUACGGAGGGGGCGUGGCUCCGUUUCCGGGGGCGGGGCCUCAGGGAUGGCAUCCCGACCUCCCCCCCCUUCAUCCCCACCACGGCGGUCACCCGCUGCAGGGCAGGUUGGGGAUGGUGGAUCCGGAUCUCCCUCCUCCCGGUCCUCCCACCAUGAGGAGCUUCAAGGAGUUUCUAUUGAACACGGAGGACAGCGUGGACGAGACGGAGUCGGUGAAGCGCUACAAUCAGUACAAGCUAGACUUCAGACGGCAGCAGCUGCAGGACUUCUUCCUCCAGCACAAAGACCAGGAGUGGUUCCGCUCCAAGUACCACCCCGAUGACAUCACGGCGCAGAGGGCGGAGUCUCUGGCUGCACUCAAGACCCGGCUGGGCGUCUUCCUCUUCCUGAUGGACAACAACUGGCUGGAGAACAUGUCGCUGGACAUGGAACACGCGCCCGCCAUCAUCAAGCUGCUGGACGCAGCGGUGAUCAAGAUGGAGGGCGGCACAGACUUGGACCUGCAGGUCCUGGAGCUGCCGACUGCUGCAGCUGCUGGGGAGGCGAGCAGCAGCAGUGGAGGAGGAGGAGGACCACCCCCACCAGGAGCAGGAGCACCAAGAGGAGGAGGUGAGAAGAGUCAGGGAGAUCUCAGCGGAGGAAACGUGAGCCGCCCGACUGACUCUGAGUCGACGAGUCGCACAGAAGAGACAAAAGUCCCAAAUAAGAACAGUGAAGAAGAGACCAAACUGAACGGUGAGAAGGACGAAGGAGAGGAGGAGGAGGAGGAGGAGGAAGAAGAGGGAGAGAAAAAAGAUGACGAGGAGGAGGAAGAUAAGAAAAAGACGCCGCUAAAGAAGAAAAGCAGGAAGAGGAAACGCAGCGUGUCCGCUGACAGUGGCGAGGGCAGCGCCUCUGACUCUGACUCCUCUUACUCUGAUGGGGAGGAAAAGGAGGAAGACAACGACGAGGAAGGUAAGGACAUUUCGACAGUGGAUGAAAAACGGCGUUUAAAUUUACAGACAUUGAACUUGGUGAACAUUUGUGUCUCAGAGCGUCGUAAAGAGCGAGGGAAGGAAAGGGUGAAGGGGAGAGAGGAGGCUCCCAGCAGCCCCCGCCCCCUGCACCUCACCACGUCUUUGUUCAUCCGGAGCAUCCCGCCGGAGGUGUCCAAGGAGGAGAUCACAGCCUUAUGUCGCAGGUACCCGGGGUUCCUGCGGGUGGCGCUGUCGGACCCACAGGCCGAGAGGAGGUUCGUCAGGAGAUGCUGGGUGACCUUUGACCGCAGUGUGAACAUAAAGGAGACGUGCUGGAACCUUCAGAACAUCAGGCUGAGGGACUGUGAGCUGUCCCCGGUGGUGAACAGAGACUUGUGUCGGCGGGUCCGCUCCGUCAACGGCCUCACGCACCACAGGCCGGUGGUGAAGAACGACAUCCGUUUAUCUGCUCGACUCGUCCACAGCCUGGACCAGAGGGGGGCGCUGUGGGACGGACAGACCAACCCCGUCCUGAAGAACAUCACAGACUACCUCAUCGAGGAGGUGAGCGCCGAGGAGGAGGAGCUGAUGGGGGCUUUAGGGGGCGGGUGCGACGACGCCAAAGACCCCGCCCCCUCCUCUGAGGUUACAGUGGAGACAGACAACAAGCUGCUGAAGGUGCUGGACAGACUGCUGCUCUACCUGCGGCUGGUUCACUCAGUAGAUUAUUAUAACUUCUGUGAGUAUCCUGCUGAGGACGAGAUGCCUCAUCGCUGUGGACUGAUUCACGUACGAGGACCGCUACCUGCCGCCCGCAUUACUGCAGCUGAGGUGAGUGAGCAUCAGAGGAUGUGUGAGGAGCGUCUGGCUCCUCUUCUUUCUGCCUCAGAGUCUCUGAGUGACGACGACGCUGGCAAACUGGGAAAGAAGGACCCGGAGCACGAGGUGGAAAAGUUCCUCUCGUCAAACACUCAGGAGCUCAGUAAAGACAAGUGGCUUUGUCCUCUGAGCGGGAAGAAGUUUAAGGCUCCAGAGUUUGUGCGCAAACACAUCCUGAACAAACAUGGGGACAAAGUCUCUGCCGUUAGACAGGAAGUUGUGUUCUUCAACAACUUCCUGUUGGACGCCAAGAGACCAGCCCUACCUGAGAAGAAGCCCCUCCCCCCUCCAGUACAAGCCACGCCCCCUGGUUUGCCUGGGUUCCCUGGCCAGUCGCCACAGCAGCAAAGCCUUCUGGGAUAUCCUCCUGGAGUCAGACCUCCAAUGCCCGGUUUCCCUGGUGGAGGACCGCCAUUCCCCCCCAACCAGUUUGGGGCCGGCCGUGGUAACCAUGACAACUUCAGAGGUCACUUAGGAGGAGGAGGAGGGUUUCCAGGGAAACAACGAAACAACAGGGGCUUGCGAGGAGACCCCCGGUCCAUCAUCGAGUACAGAGACCUGGAUGCUCCAGAAGACCUUGACUUCUUUUAGCGAAACUACAGGAUGUUUUUUAUCUUUUUAUUAUUAUUAUAGCUACAUUUUCCAUGAUUCUUUUCACCAAAACUCCAUCAUGUUUAAUUUUUUAGGUAUUUUUGCGUGUUUGUCAGAUGGACCAAUGUUAUCCAAUAAAGAUACAGUGGACGAAGAUGAA